GAACUCCUUAAAAAGCUUUUAGAACAUUCAAAGGAACUGAAGCUGCAUCAAAUGGACCGUAUUCUCAAGAGCUGUUUCCAGUUUCAGCUCACUGCCUCCACAGGAGCUCGCUGAAAACCCCUCCUCACAACAGCCUGUUUUUCCCAGGCAGACACAAGAAGGGAGGGACGACUUUCACUUCUCUCCUGGACUCUCACACUUCAGCAGCGGCUCCCCUAAGACUUCAUACUACAUCAUCUGCCCUGACGCUGCAAUGUCCUCGCUCCGGCUGUUGCCUCUGUUGCACUCCCUCCUUCUCCUCCAAGUUCAUCUCUCAGACCAGUUAGAAGACAACAAGAUCCCCCCCAGUCUGUGCACUGGUCACCCCGGUAUCCCCGGCUCUGCUGGAGCUCAUGGUGGUCCGGGUCAGCCAGGAAGAGACGGGAGGGACGGGAGGGACGCUGCUGCGGGGGAGAAGGGACUGAUAGGGGAAACAGGAGACCCAGGUGAGACAGGAGUGCGAGGCCUGACGGGGGACAGAGGUGAUAAUGGAGAAAAGGGGGAGAGGGGUCAGGCAGGAGAGUGUGCAGUGGCCCCAAAAUCUGCCUUCAGUGUCAAACUCUCCGAGGGCCACGCUCUACCCCUCACUGUGGGCGAUGUGGUCCGUUUUGACCAGGUUGUGAUCAAUGAACAGAGCGACUACAACACGGAGACGGGACGCUUCACCUGCAAAGUGCCAGGAGUUUACUACUUUGCAGUCCACGCCACAGUGUACCGAGCCAGCCUGCAGUUUGACCUGAUGAAGAACGCACACACUGUGGCAUCUUACUUUCAGUACUACGGCAACUGGCCUAAACCAGCGUCUCUGUCGGGCGGCUCCCUGCUCCACCUCAUCCCCGGGGACCAGGUGUGGGUCCAGAUGGCUCUCUCGGAGUACAAUGGAUUUUACUCCAGCACAAAGACAGACAGCACCUUCAAUGGCUUCCUGGUCUACUCAGACUGGAAAAACUCUGCUGUGUUUGCAUGACACGUGCCUAUGAACAAAACAAAGUCAUAUUCUACUUUGGGAAAUGACACAACCUGCCUUUUAUUUUCCUUUUUCAGUUUUCUAAUUGAAUAGUUCUGGAUAGGCAGUGACUUGAUACAUCUGUAUUUGUGUAAUGAGUAUAAUACACUCCAGACUUUGUUACUUUAAUGGCACAUGCCUUACUGGUGAAGUGUGAGGCAUAUGUGCUGUUUAUUCAGUGUCUGUUCUUUAUCUGCAGCCUUUAAACUGCUGCAACACUUCAAUCUUGUAACAGAUGUUUGAAUAACGGCCUCCAGCCAACAACAGCCUACAAGUUCAAACCACUUUUAUGUUUUGUAUUGCACUUUUGUUUUCCUCAAUAAUAUCUGCACAACAAACAUAAAAAAACAUUGUGUUUUGAAAACACAAGUGACUGAUAUUUAUGUUACCAUAAAUAGCAAUGCACGCUUUAUACUUAUAGUAAGUGAGUUCUACAAUUUGAGCUUCAAUUUUUAAACUUGAUAUCUGUGUCAGUUUCACAUAACAUACCUGCCUGUGGACACUUCUGUUUUAUUAUAUAUGCAUGUACAUACAUUUACAGUACCUUACAUAAAUACUUAAAAAGUACUCCUUUACUAUUAGUACCAAAAAAAACAGUGUAAAAACACAAUUCCUACAAAUCCCUACUGAAGUUGAUUAUCAGCAAAUUGAAAUUAGAUUCUUGACCUCUCCUAUCACAUUUAUUUUUUGUUUUCACUGUGGUCUUUUAGUGUGUACACAUUUAUUUUAAAGUUAAGUAGUCUUUCUGCAGAAAAAGUGUCCCUUUCGAUAUAUAUUAUGAAAUAGCUACAUUUUCUUUGUGUGACUAUUUUUUUACUGUUAUAGCUGGGGUUGAGGCGGAGCUGGAACUCUACAAACAUAUUUAAGUCCAAUAAUUCUAAUGAUUUAAAUCUGAUACGACACACCCAACUCCCUGGUUUUCUUUUCCAAAGGCAAAGCACUAUCAAAGUAAAUGAAAAAGUC